AAUUUUUAACUGACGAUUAUACGUUAACUUUUUAAACUGUUUGCUUACAGUGUCGAUUCCCAGUCUGGUUUGUUCCGAGUUUUGUGUUUUUGUUAACUAUCGCAUAUCACUUUCCACAUUUUAUGUAAGUGCGUUGUGUGCACUUGGUAGGCCGUUGGUUAUCCCUUCAUCAUUUUCCAUCUUUCUUUAAUCACGUCACUUCAUGCUCCCAUUAGUACACAAAACACCUUUUGGCUAGACAUGAACCGCUACAACAGCCCAAUACAUAAUGCGAUACAGGUGCACUCUAAUCAUUAUGUUUUCAAGCUAAUGGAGUAAUAUAUAUGAUAUCGAUGUCUGAACUACGAUGGCAGUUCAUAUAAAUGUGAAAAUCCGACCUACCUGAAUUAUGACUAUAUAUUCUUGCGAACAACUUGGAAAUACUAAUGCUCAAUAACUAAUGGUACAAUCACCUAUUAACCUUAAUGGCUCACUGACGCUCUGGAAUUUGGAUAAAUCACAAGAUCGUUUGUCUACAUUCACUUUUCAGCUACCUGAUAUUUUAUAGUAUCAGCUAUUCUUUCAAACAAGUGGAUUACUAGGACACCAAAAGAGUACUAUGUGAAUAGCUACCGGACAUACAAACUCGAAUGUGAGCGUUUUUAAUUUUUCAACUGUCAUAAAACCAGCAGUCGGUCUCACAGAAAACAUUUAGUGACUGUAAUUCAUAGUCCAUUAGAUACUGGACAAGGUAUAAGGGUAAGCCGAGAGUCAUUUCAAUACUGUGUACCUUCUGACCAGUCAAUGGACCCCCAACUUUCGUUGGUAAAUGAAGGCUCUUGAUCUGUUCUGGGAGAUACAACUGUGUUCAACUUGAUUCUUCGUGCACCAGGCACUACUGUUUCUUACACUUUUUAUCUGAGGAAAAAUUCGUACAAAUUUGUGGGUGAUAUUAGAUGUAUCAUUAACUGAAGUUGACUUUUCAAUUUGUUCCAAUGCCUACCUUAUCUCAAUAGUUAACUUACAUUGUUAUCUGUUGUAAUUAUAACAUAAUACAAUAAAGUGAAUAGUGACAGUGCUACCUUGUCGAUAAUGGAUACAUUAUUCAUUAGUUCAACAUUUGAUUCAUUUGAUGUUCUGUAUACGUUACUAUUUGGACUUCUUGUAUUUUGCAUUAUGGCACCGACUACAGAGUUUAUUUCUGCUGGUGUAACAUUAGAGAAUUUGUUUAAUCGAUUUCUUGGUAAUGAAAGUUUAUACUUUGUACAGUAUCAUUUAAAAAGAACUGUAAUGAUACGAUUAUUUUCAUCGUCUUUGGUCUUUCUGUAUUUUGUGUUCAUGCAGUGUUUGUCCAAAAAUGUAGCGAUUUCUGCUCCAAAUAUUUCAUUUCCAUUUACAAUUUGGGAUGUAAUUUUAUGGAUUGGCAUAGGCAGUCUAUCUGUCAUUGGGUCACAUACUUAUCUAGUUUGGUAUGGAUCUGGUACAUGGUAUGGCCACCCAACAAUUUUAUCAUUGAAACGGAUUAUUAUGGAAUCACUACCUGAUUCACGUUUGUCAUCUUCAGCCACAGCAUCAUCAUCCUUGUCAAAUGGCGCAUUUAGUGUCGCUAUAAAAGCUUUGAUAUCUUCAAUAAAUUCUGAAUAUCAACGUUCUGAUAAAUUCGUAGCAGGUCAAGGAAGUUUAUCAACUAAUUGGUCAGGUCGACGAUUUGUUAUCACAGAUUCAUGGAUUUUAACUUCACGUUUUACUGAAUUCAAAAUACUUAAACAAUCUUCGGAAAAUAUGUUAGCUGUUGUUGUUUCAGCAUUUUCAGUGCUGGACCCAAGCUCUCUAACUCAAGGUGGUCAACCUGACGGAGAAAGUCUCGGUGUGCAAACAAUUGUUACAGUGAGAUUUAUACGUACAGAUACAGGAGUGUGUUUGCUUAGUUUUGGAUUGCCAGCAUCAAAUUUAGAUGAGUUACGCAGUAAAUUACGUUUCCCUUUAAUACAAGCACAAGGUGUACAAUUAGAGCCAACAAUUAUUCAAAGAUUUAUUGAAGCAUUUACACAAGUAGUUGAUGAAAAUCAACCGGUAAACCUACCAGCUGGCUAUGAGUUGGAACAGUGCAUUGGGUGUAUGGUACAACAAGUUAAUGUCACUUUAAAUCGUCAAUGCGAAAGUUCACUCACCCCUUCUUCAUCAUCAGCAGCAAUUAAUAGUAAUCAAUCAUUAGAUAGUAAUCAAUGCGGUAUAUGUUAUUGUAGACCAUUAUGGUGUUUAGAAUGUUUAGCACGUUGGUUUGCUUCAAGACAAACAAAUAUGCGGUGUCCACCAACUCAAUGGCUUUCUGGACGUGUACCUUGUCCAACAUGUCGUACAUAUUUUUGCGCUCGUGAUGUAUCACGACUUAUUAUUUCUCAUCGACAAUUGGACUGAGAUCUGUUGUAUUUAACAGGUAACAUCAGAAAAUGUGAUUCAUUUGUGAUACCAAUCGGUUUUUCCCUUUUCCUACACUUGAACAAUUCAAACAUAUAUAUAUAUAUAUAUAUAUAUAUAUAUAUAUAUAUAUAUAUAUAUAUAUAUGCUCUGUCCUACCGUCUUUCUACCUGUCCUUCAAAUGACUUGCUCUUGAUUAUUUUGUUACCUCAGUAACUAUUGAGUAAAAACUGGUUUCUUUAUCGUCUCCCAUCCUAUUGGAGUGUUCUUUCCUUCAUUCUCGUUUUUGGUCUCUUAUUUUGUUCCUAAUUUUUUAUAAUUCCUAACAUGUUUGUAGUGUAUAGUGGGUUAAACAAGUUGUGUAUAAUAAAUUGAUUACAAAAGCA